AUGCAUCCUAUAGUCUCAAAGGAAACAGAACCAUGCGAUGAUUUCAUGCUAUGUGUAACACCACCAUCAAAGAAGGCUUUGAACGCCAUGAAGGAAUUCUCCCAAUCUUGCCAAGGCAUGAUUUUUUCCGAUAAAUGCCCUACGGAGGUGGAAGCAUCACCGUCCUUAUGGAUGUCACCAAUAAUCUCACCACGAGGGGGCACUGCCGGAAGCCGUGAAGAGGUGCCGGCAGCUAUGUCGGGUGUGCCCAGGCAAGGAGAAGUUGGAGGCAGCACUGCUGGAAACUGUGGAGAGGUGCCGGCAGCUAUGUCGGGUGUGCCCAGGCAAGGAGAAGUUGGAGGCAGCACUGCUGGAAACUGGGAGGUGCCGGCAGCUAUGUUGGGUGUGCCCAGGCAAGGAGAAGUUGGAGACAGCGCUACGGGAAGCUGCGAGGAGGUGCCGGCAACUGUAUCAGGUGUCCUAAGGGGAGGGUAA